AUGGGAAACUGCAUUGUCAGCGACAGAGCGGUUGCUGAUGCUGUCAUACCCAGGAAACGAGCCAGACGUAAAGACGUCCGGCGCCCAGAGAACCAGGUAGAGAUCACUGAGCGAGACGAGGUGAUUCUGGCUAUCAAGGCUACCCGUGAUCGCGUCACGAAACUGCGUAACCGCUACGAAGAGGCCGCAGCUCGGGAGCUUGACGUUGCACGAACGCUGAUCGCUACAGGCCGCCGUGAACGAGCACUGUUGGUGCUACGUCGAAUGAAAGUACAAGAGCGAGCAGUUCUAAACGCGGAAACGUGCCUCAGUCGUCUCGAAGAGAUGCUGCUUCUUAUCGAAACGGCAGAGUUGGAGCAACAGACACUAUUGCAGAUCCAGAAAAGCACGGCGCUUGUGAAGAGGCUUAACGAGCAUAUCGAUUUGCAUAGUGUAGAGGACUUGCUGCUGGAGACACAAGAAGCAGCCGAGCACGCGAGGAGCAUCGAACAGGCGUUGCAGGGUGAGGUCACCCCAGACGUCGAAGCCAACGCCCAGCGCGCCCUGUUGGAGCUCUAUCAAGAGCAGGAGUUAGCAGCGUUCACAAUGAAUCGUGUAUUGCAGCAACCGCUCGUGACGAAUCGACUUGCAGCACAAGAUGAGCGCGAGUUAACGCCCGAUACGCGACUAUCAGGCCCUGCACAGGAAAUGAGGCAUCCAUCGCGUGAAAGAAACGCCUCACCCGAGCAGUCCGCACCCACCUCGAGAAGUUUGGCGCGAGAUUCGGCGCUGCAUCUUGAACGAGUAGCCAAUAUUGAGGCCAAGGAAACCGCUUGUGUCACGGGGAAGAUGCGCACUCCCGCGGGACCGUCCAACUCGCUGACGAAUGCAGAUGCACGAGCCGAGCUAGCGACGCCAGCCCGUGACGAAGAACACAUUGCGGAAGCAGCCUAG